AUGGUGGCUGAUUCCAGCAGCAAGCGUUCUCCGCUGAGGGUGGCGGUGGCGGUCGCUGUUGUGGCGGCGGCGCUCCUCCGCCGCAGGCGACGCAGCGACCGCUCCUCAGCGCCACAGGCGAAGCCCUCCCAAUGGCUCGCGGCCCGCGCCGCAGCCCAGCCGGCCCCCGCGGUGCACCUCACCGCCGCUGCCGCCGCCCCUGCCAGCGAGUGCGACGGCGGCAAGCGCCGCGCCCCCUCGUCUGCCAGCGCGGGCUCGGCCCUGUGCGCGGCGCCGCGCGCCGCGGCGCUCGCGGCGGCGUCGACCGCCGUCAUCGCCGCCGUCGUCGCACUGCUCUUCGUGCGCGGCUGCGCUGACCUGGCGGUGGUUGUGGCGGCGGCCUGGGCGCUCAGCCUGCUGCAGCUGAAG